AUGAAGAUAGUGAUUGGGGAAAGUGUAUCCGCUGUUAUCCAGAAGAAGAGACUUCCUUCAAAAAGAACCGACCCUGGGAUGUUCACUCUGCCGAUUGUUAUUGAGGUUGUGAACAUCGAACAUGUUAUAUGUGACCUAGGGGCUUCCAUCAAUGUAUUGCCCUUUUCGGUGUACAAGAGACUAACUGGUGUCAGAUUGGUGGAUACGAAGGUAGUCAUUCAGCUAGCAGACAGAUUAUGCAUAAACCCAGAGGGAGUUCUAGAAAAUGUAAUUCUGAGGGUGCACAACUUCUUUUAUCCGGCGGAUUUCCAUGUAAUUCGUAUGAAUGAGUCGGAGGUUGGAGAAUGGAGUCAAGUGCUGUUGGGAAGACCAUUUCUCAGGACCGCUAAAACUAUAAUUGAUGUCAGCGACGGCAUAAUUUUCCUUGACUAUCAUGGAGAAAAAAUCAUGUUCAACAUUGAUGAAACCAUGAAGAAGCCAUUAGGCAUUGAGAAUCUGCAUUCUCUGGAUGUCAUUACACCUUUAGUUCAUGAGUGA